CCUUUAACUUAUCACUGGAGUAGGGUUAUGUUAUUGUUAUGAUGUUUUUCUUGGAAAUAUUUUUGUAAGACAAUAUUUCUGAUUUCAUAAUGGAUACAGAAGAAUUUGAAAGAAGUCAAAUCAAAUUAGAAAUCGUCUGCAACGAUUAUACCGGAGCCUCUGAAACAGACGAAUUUUUAAGGUUCAGUUCACGGGGGCAAAAUGAUAUAGAUGUUUCUAGUACUCCCCGUUUGCAUCACCGUGAGCAGACUAAUGGAAAGUCCAUGUUCAAUCUGGAAAAUUUAUACGAUAGGGAUAUGAAACCAAUAAAAGAAGAAAAGGAAGACGUUUCUUUUAACUUAUUGAAUUUAAAAAUGGAAAAUAUUGAAGUUGAAAACAGUUUAGUGAAAUCUGACUUUUGUAUAGUGUGUAACGGAAAAUUCAAUGACGAAAUAGAUGUCACUGGUGACAUUGAUGGAUAUCAAUGUUUUUGCCAAGAAUACCAGGAGUCAAAACCGGAUUAUAUAAAUCAUGAGGAUAUAUUAAAGGAAUGUGGCCUUAAAGAAGAUCCUGGAGUUAUUCGUUGUGAAAAAACAGAAGAUAAAAUAACUGAAAAAAAGGAACAUGAUAUUUUGAGGAAAAACACAUUAUCAAUAGUUAAUCAAAAGGAAUUUGCUAUCAAAAAUGUGAAACGUGAGGCGUUAUAUGAAAGAGAAAGAAGCAGUAAAUCAUUCAAAUCAGAAUUUUCUGUGAAUUCAGUUGAAGAAAAUAAUGAUUAUGAAGAAUACAAAAUUUGCUCAGAAUAUUCGAAAGAAAAAGGAAAUGAAGGAACUCAUAAUGAGAAAAAACCAUCCCAAUGUAAAUUAUGCUCCAAAGCUUUUAGUCAUAAUUAUCUUUUGAAAAGGCAUGAAAGAAGUCAUACAGGGGAAAAACCAUUCCAGUGUAAAAUCUGCUCCAAAGCUUUCAGUCAAAAUUGUCUUUUGAAAAGGCAUGAAAGAAGUCAUACAGGGGAAAAACCGUUUAAGUGUAAAACCUGUCCCAUGUCAUUUAUUUCAAGUAGUAAUUUGAAAAGACAUGAAAUAAGUCAUAUUGGUGAAAAAUCGUUUCAUUGCAGAACCUGCCCAAAGUCAUUUGCUACAAAUUGUAGUUUGCAAAGGCAUGAAACAACUCACAGUGGGGAGAAACCAUUCCAGUGUAAAAUCUGCUUAAUGUCAUUUGUUUCAAGUAGCAAUUUGAAAAGACAUGAAAUAAGUCACACCGGAAUAAAACCAUUUCAAUGUAAAACCUGCUUAAAGUCGUUCAUUAUAAGUAAUCAUUUGAAAAACCAUGAAAAAAAUCAUACUGGUGAAAGACCGUUCAAGUGUAAAAUCUGUUCUAAGUCAUUCACCCAAAAUUAUAUAUUGAAAUCUCAUGAAAAAAUUCAUUCUGGAGAAAAACCCUUUCAAUGUGACAUCUGCUUAAAGUCAUUCAUUAAGAAUAGUUGUUUGAAAAAACAUGAAAUAACUCAUACUGGAGAGAAACGGUUUCAAUGUAAAAUUUGUGCAAAAAAAUUCUCUCAAAAUUAUCAUUUGAAAACCCAUGAAAAAAUUCAUUCUAGGUAAAAAACCAAGCCUACCCAAUUUUGAGUAAAGAAAAUACACAAGCCUAGAGCACAUUCUGUGUUCUUUAUCUUCAAUAUUUUCUAAUUGUUACCCUUGAACAGCUGUCAUUGACUAGCACUAAUGUUCGAAACAUAAUUAGAGUCAAAAUAACAGCUUAGAUUUUGUUUCUUCUGAUUACUACAUUUUUUGGGAAUCAUCAAUUUCAAUGAACUCUGCUAGAACUUAUCGUUUCCUAUUUUUUAUUUGCACUCAAAUUUUCAUUUAAAAUGUACAUAAUAUGUUUUAUCUAUAUAACAUAUAUAUUCAUAUACUUUUUUAACAGUUCUUUGUCUCUUUUAUAUACAUAACAUUUGAAUAAGCUUAUAGUUAUAUUGUUUGUACUGUGUUCGGUUAAAACUUUUGGAAAUACACUGUUAAAUUUUUUAUCUUGUCUGAUACUGACUGAUACCGUUGAAAAUACAACUGUAAAAAAUA